AGCACUUAUUCUCAUAUCAGGGAAGCCAGAAGCAAACAUGCCUGUCCCGAAUUCCACUCAUUUCACUUCAAUGAGGGACCAAGUGGACAAUUUAUUCAAGGAAUUGAAAGAGAUCCAUGACAAAUUCUUAGCACUGAUGAUUUCCUUGGUUGCAGCAAAAAACAGUGACACGGGAAAUUCUUUGUUCGCAAAACAACACAAGCUGAUGAUGUCUUUGGUUUUGGCCCUUGUUCUUUACUCCUUCUUGGCUACGCUUGGGACAAUACUUCAUACACAUAAUUACCGGAACACAAACCUUCUUCUUCCUAUCAUAACAUGUGCUAUGCUUAUGUUGGGAAGUGUUGUUUCAAUUCUGGCUUUGAGUUUCAUCUCAAGCACCCUUGCUUGGAUGACUUUGGCCAUCUGGGUUGGAAUAUUCACAUUGAUUGCUCAUGAGUAUGGUGCUCUUAAAAAAAUUAAGAGUUGGAUUAAGGGUCACAUCACAUGGGACUAAGGUUGAUGCUUCUCUGGAGAAAGUACCAUUGGCAAACUCUGAUUCUAUACUCUGUUCACAUGGAGUUAAGAGUUUCUCAGUUCUGUUGUAUUUUGUGGUUGUUAUGCUUUUUCUUUGUUUUAGUUUGAGUUUGGAUCCUAGAUUCUUGAUUCAGGAAGCAUCUGUAGUCGAAUUGAUGAAAGUAACUCUUCUUUGUAAUGCUUAGUCGAUUUUUAUUUUAUCUAGCUCUUUGUAUUAUUAAUGGAGUAAAGAAUGCCAAAAUGGUUGAUUUUGAUAUUA